AUGAGAGGCUUGACGGACACGGCGUGGGGUCGAAUCAUUAAACGGAUGAGUUGGGCCGUUCACGUAAUGAACGUUUAUCAAACCACAGGAAGCAGUUUGGCGACAGAAGACGAGGACAAUGAUCUGUUCUUAUCUCUGGAUCGAGAAAUUGAGGACGUGCUUGGAAAAGCGAUUGACGAGCUGCCCGAUGAACUCAUGAACAGGACACUACGUAACAAUCAAGGGAGCACAAAUGAGCAGUUGCUGACAAAACUCGAAUUUGGAGUUACCCCACAUCAGACGAGUACUAUUCCGAAUGUGGUAAAUACCUCACUCACACCUAUUGAAGAGAAUCAUACUCUUUUGAUUACUGAUAAUAAGGAAAAUGUCAAGAAUGAAACGGCGGGUCCCGUAAUAUUACCAUCACUAGUUUUUCCGCACACUCCGAAACCAGAUGUACUGCAGAUUCCUGACGACAUAAUCGUUGAAGAAAGCGAAUUGGUUAAUAAUGACACCAGCACAUUUUCCUCUUCCGAUGUUCCACAUAUGCAAUACAACUUUCCCUCUCUAUUGUAUGGCGUCUCUUCAAAGACAGUUCAUACCGCUCAUUCGCUAUUUGAGACUCCAACAACAACACUUUCUGCUACAACCUCCUUAGAAAGUGUUCAAAAUCCUACGACUGCUUCAUUCACUCUGGAAGUGAAGGACGCACAGCUUCGUCAUUACAGAACUACGAACUGCAGCAGUGGCAGUGUCUGCUAUAAAGACGAGGAUUGCGGGAAGAAGAUAUCAGCAACUGCAGUAGACACUUUGUUAAGUCAAAAUUUGGGCACUAUUCUACUCUAUCGAAGGGUGUUUGUCGUGGUGCGACCAUUGGAACUUGUAACUGUCAUGCCUGCAUCACCAAUUUGCCUUGUAACAAUGACGACGUUUGUGGAGGACUUAUUGCGUCAUGCCAAAAUGGCAUGUGCAGGCACUCGCUCGACAUGGAUUUCCGCUGUUCAUCGUUGCGUUGACGGAAUUCUGCUCUCAACAGACGUGCACCGACAAAAACAGAAAAUUCUGCUUUGGAUCACCGUGUAG